AGGCUUUGGUGUAUGUUGCUAGUGUGUCAAGUGCACGAAUGCUGACAUCCCUACUUUGUGAAAUGGGGUUGACCCAGUAGGUCAUGAAAGUGAAUUUCACCAAAACUCACGCCGAGAUCUCCUGUCAUGUCGGCACGGCAGAAGCUCUACCAAGAGUUAGUUCGUGCGGCAGCAUCCAGCUGGUGAAACAUGUCCAACUACUACAAGACACGGACUGUCCGUACCUACGUGUCUGACGGCACUGGACCGCCCAAAGUCCAGACCAAGACCUACACUGUGGGUGGACCCGGGGGCACCAGCAUAGGCUACGCCCCGUCCUCGGACUUUGGAGAUUUCGGCAACUUCGGCUCCCGGGGGUUCGGUGAUUUCGGCGGACAGUUCAAUGUUGACUUUGGGGACAACUUUGGCGGGAAAAGUUUACAGUUUGACGUGGGCGGCAACCGAGGGGGUUCAAGGCCUUCCGGUGGCGGAUCUCAGUAUUACGUCAUCAACGACGGUCGAGCUGACCCGGGUCAGUACUCGAGUACCGGGAGGAGAGCCGGCCCCAUCAUCGACCCCGACCCACAACCCAAGCUGGCGGGUCGGCCGACCCGAGUUUUGAAGAAGAACCCGUUUGUGGGUCUCAAGUUCCAGAACGCCGAUGAGAUCAGAGCCCAGUGCCGGCAGCAGGGCAUCCUGUUCGAGGACCCCGAGUUCCCGUGUGUCGACUCGUCCAUCUUCUUCAGCCGCUCACCCCCCAGGCCGUUUGAGUGGAAGCGUCCUCACGAGAUCUGUGGCAACCCUGAGUGGAUCUCUGCUGGAGCCAGCAGGUUUGAUGUCAAACAGGGGGAGUUGGGUGACUGCUGGCUUCUGGCAGCUGUGGCAUCUCUCACCUGUAACCAGAAACUCUUCGACCAUGUGGUGGAACCUAACCAGUCCUUUACCUCAGACUACUGUGGGCUGUUUAAAUUCAACUUUUGGCACCAAGGUGAUUGGCAAGAAGUUGUUGUUGAUGACAGGCUACCCACCUACAAGAACCAACUGGUCUUCAUGCACUCUACAGAGAAGAAUGAGUUUUGGAGCGCUCUGCUAGAGAAGGCUUAUGCCAAGCUGAUGGGCUCCUAUGAAUCCCUGAAAGGUGGCAGCACCAGUGAAGCCAUGGAGGACUUUACUGGGGGUGUGACGGAGAUGUUUGACCUGCCGAAAGCCCCAGCUAACCUGCUACAGAUCAUGCUCAAAGCCCACGAGCGCGGCUCUCUGAUGGGCUGCUCCAUUGAUGCUGAUCCUGGUAAGAUUGAGGCAGAGCUAGCCAAUGGUUUGAUCAUGGGACACGCCUACAGUAUUACAAGUGUUCAGCUGGCAGAUAUCCAGACCCCAAGAAUGAAAGGGCAGAUCCCUAUGGUGAGGAUUAGAAACCCCUGGGGCAAUGGCUCGGAAUGGAAAGGAGCUUGGUCUGAUGGCUCAAGAGAAUGGAGUUUACUUUCAGAAGAUGAGAAGAAAGAGCUUGGUCUCAACUUUGAUGAUGAUGGUGAAUUUUGGAUGUCCUUCCAAGACUUCAUAACCAACUUCCAAAAGUUGGAGAUCUGCAACUUGGGACCUGACUCACUGGACGAGGAUGACCUGUCCAACAAAAAGAAAUGGGAGUGUUUUAAAGAACACGGAAACUGGAUCAGGAGGGUCAACGCUGGAGGCUGUAGAAAUUAUUUAGAAACAUUUUGGACAAAUCCCCAAUUUCGCAUGACAUUAACUGAUGUGGAUGAGAAUGAUGGCGAUGAUCUUUGUACAGCUAUUGUUGCUGUGCUGCAGAAGGACAGGAGAAAGAAAAGAAAGGAAGGAUUAGAUCUCCUUACUAUAGGUUACGUCAUCUAUAAGCUGGAAGAUCCAAACUGUGGACCACUGGACAUGAAGUUUUUCAAAUACAACGCAUCAGUUGCUAAAUCCCCAACCUUCAUCAACAUGAGAGAAAUUUGUGGACGACACAAGCUCCCCCCUGGAACUUAUGCCAUUGUGCCAUCAACUUUUGAACCUCACUAUGAAGGAGAAUUCCUGAUGAGAAUCUUCACUGAGAAGGCCAACAUUUCAGGAGAGAUUGAUGAACAGACUAGGCUGGAUGAAGAUACUGAAGAUGCUAAUCACAACAAAAAGAAACCUAAAGAACAUACAGACAAGGAGCGUCCAGCACCAAAUGAACAAGAGAAGGCACAAGCUGAUGCUCUCAAACAAAGUUUCCGUCGCAUCGCAGGCGAGGACAUGGAGAUUGAUGCUUACGAGUUGCAGGAUAUUCUCAACACUGUCUUCACAAAAGAGUUCAAGUUCCCAGGCUUUGGUAUUGAUACCUGCAGAAGUAUGGUGGCGAUGCAUGAUGGCGACCUCUCAGGUAAACUUGGUUAUGACGAGUUCAAGGAACUUUGGGAGGACUUGAGAAGAUGGAAGGGAGUCUUCAAGGAGUUUGACAAGGAUAACAGUGGAAACCUGUCCUCAUAUGAGUUGAGAAGUGCAUUAAACCAUGUUGGUUUCCACGUCAGCAACAGGACCUUCAAAUCUCUUGUCAUGAGGUACAGCAACAAGAACGGCCAGGUGGACUUUGGAGACUUUAUCAUGUGCUCCAUCAGGCUCAAGACAAUGCUGACUUCCUUCAAGGGACAUGACCCGAAUAACACUGGCUUGGCUCCUUAUGAUAUUGAUAGUUUCAUUCAAACAACAAUGUACUCAUAAAAUCGAGUUUUACUGUACAAUGUUGGCAUCCCCUCAAGUCAACUGGCAAUGUAAUACAAGCAGCGACUGAAGGCUACAUAACUGGUUUCAUAAAUAUAGAUUUACUAUGCUACAUCAUCAUUCAUUAAUUACAUUUAAUUACAAUUUUUUAUUAUAUUUUAUUUUUGUUUUGCUCAAGAAUUACAUCCUUAGAUAAAAUGUUUGAGCUCAAAAAUUUUAGUCUGUUUUUUUUUUUAUUUGCCUUCUCUUAAUACUCUAACUUUGUACUGGAAAAUAUAACCACUAAAGAUGAUUUUACAAACAGAAAACUGUUACAUUUUGUCAACAAUAUUUAAAUUUAUUUAAAAAAAUCACAUAAUCAUCUAAGAUCUGAAAAGUAUUUUUAACACUGUUUGAACUUGGAGUCUAUGUGAGACAGAUACAUGAUGUGGAUGAGAGAUAAAUUUCUGAUCUUUCACAACUAGUUUAAACAUGAAACUCAAAGCUAAUUUUUUUGCCACAAGUGUUCAUAAGCUUUAGAAAAGCAGCUUUAGAACUAGAAAUCUUGUUGCAUCAAUUUAAAAUAUCCAAUAGUAUUAAGUUUAUCUUCUAAGUCUUUAAAAUUAACAAUUUGUGCUUUUUUUCCCUUGUGGUUAAUUAAGUAUUAUUUAAGUAAAAUUAAGAAUAUUCUGGAUGUUUUUUUUUUCAAUAUUCCUUUAGCUUGUUUUGUUUAUUUAGUUUGGUCUCAUGAAAAGAUCCUAGUCACCCAUAAAGGAAAGAUUAGCUUUUGUUGGUAUCAAUUUAAUUUCUUUUCUCCCCCUUC